AUGACAAAGUCUACCGUCACUCUAGCCUCCGGCAAGGAAAUGCCCCUUGUGGGAUUCGGCCUCUGGAAGGUCCCCAAAGAAACUGCUGCAGAUACAGUCUACAAUGCUAUCAAAGCCGGUUACCGAUUGUUCGACGGCGCCUACGAUUAUCAGAACGAGAAGGAAGCGGGUGAGGGUAUCCGCCGUGCCAUCACUGAUGGCUUAGUGACUCGCGAAGAAAUCUUCAUCACCACUAAGCUGUGGAACAACUACCAUCGUCGUGAGCAUGCCGUGUCAAUGGCCAAGAAGCAAAAUGACGCCUGGGGUCUUGGAUACAUUGAUCUUUUCUUGAUGCAUUUCCCUUGCGCCUUGAAGUAUAUCGAUCCCGAAGUUCGCCAGUACCCCGCUUGGUGGAUGGAUGAUGCCGGUACUGUCGAGACCGACAAGGUUCCGAUCAGGGAGACUUGGGAAGCCAUGGAGGAGGUUGUUGACAACGGCAUCGCUCGCAGCAUCGGUGUCAGCAACUUCCAGGCUCAGUCUAUCUAUGACAUUCUCACCUAUGCCAGCCAUCCUCUCUCAUCUCUGCAAAUUGAACAUCACCCUUAUCUUGUUCAACCGGAGCUCAUCAAGGUGGCCCAGGAGAACAACAUUGUCGUGACCGCGUAUUCCAGCUUCGGUCCGCAAUCAUUCGUCGAACUCCCUGCACAAUUCUCCAAGAAGGCCAAGGAUAUCCCGCUUCUCUUUGAUGCUGAGCCUGUCAAGGCUCUUGCUUCUAAAUAUAACGUAACUCCUGCACAGGUUCUUCUGCGUUGGGCUACCCAAAGAAAUGUUGCUGUCAUUCCCAAGUCAAACAACCAAUCUCGACUUGCUCAAAACCUGGACGUUUUGGGCUUUGACCUGACCACUGAUGAGCUGAUGUCUAUUUCUGCUCUGGACAAGGGUCUGCGUUUCAACGACCCUGGCUUUUAUCUGCCUAAUCACCCUAUUCGCAUUUUCGCUUAA